GAUCUUGACCAAUCCAUAGACCACUUUGAACGCGCCUCGAAUCUCUGCCCCAUGGACCAUCCCUACUGCCCUGCGGCACUAUUCAAUCUAGCUACCGCGAAGUUUGUUAGUUGCCAAGCUAAUGGAACACACCCUGACCUCGACAUCCCUAUCUUUCUUUUUCAAGACACUCUUAACUUGCGUCCCACUGGUCAUCCAGACCGACCCGUCACCCAACUCCAUCUUGCCAUUUCUUUAUUGUCUCACUUCGCAAAACAGGGAUUUCAAACAGAU